AUGAGAAAACCUUGCUGCGAUAAACAAGGCAAUAACAAAGGAGCUUGGUCCGUGCAAGAAGAUCAGAAGCUCAUUGAUUAUAUUAAAACUCAUGGCGAAGGUUGCUGGCGUUCUCUCCCUAAGGCUGCAGGUUUGCACCGGUGUGGUAAAAGUUGCAGGCUAAGAUGGAUAAACUAUCUUAGACCAGACAUUAAGCGUGGUAACUUUGGUCAAGAUGAAGAGGAACUCAUUAUUAAGCUACAUGCUCUCCUUGGCAAUAGGUGGUCAUUGAUAGCCGGAAGGUUGCCAGGAAGAACUGACAAUGAGGUGAAGAACUAUUGGAACUCUCAUUUAAAGAAAAAGCUAAUAAAAAUGGGAAUAGACCCAAAUAAUCAUCGGUUAAACCAAAUUCCUACUCGUCCUCAAGCUGAGCCUGCGGCUCCUGUUAUUGCUACUUCAACUACUAAGGGGUCUAAGAAUAAUAUUACUAGAAGCAAACCCAAGAAACUAUCAAAUGGUGAUAAUCAUAGGGUUUCUGACACAGCAAACUGUCUUGAAGAUGAUUAUAAAUCUUUGGUGAUACAGCAAGUUGCUGCCUCUGGUUCUUCCAGCAUUAAUCUUGAUCUCUCCAUUGCUGUUCCAGCUUCUCCUGGUCAUAGUAACCCUUUUGGAAACAAGCAACAAAAUUUCAAGUGGGGCAAAACUAGCCAAGUUGAGAAUGAUCCAUCAUCAAUGCCUACUCUACUUCUUUUUAGAUGA